AUGAGGUCGCAAAUAUCGAGCGCUUUUUUAAGAUACGGGCGUCUGCCCAUACGGGAGGAUGAUUGCUCGUACGUUUGGCAAGUUUCCGCCGCGGACCGUUGUGAGUGGGUGAGUAAUACCGAAGACUGCUUCACAGACUCCGUGAUUCAGUACACAGUGCUGCUGUUUUGCUAUUUUAAAUCCGAGUACACGCUACUGUUCGUCUGCGGCUUGGUCCUCAUACUUCUGUGGCUAUUCUACUUAUUCCUGAUUUUGGGAACCACGGCGGACAAUUUUUUUUGCCCAUCACUGGCGGUAAUAGCCAAUAUAAUGCAUCUAUCGGACAGCAUAGCGGGAGUGACGAUAUUGGCAUUCGGAAACGGUGCGCCUGACAUCUUCACGUCCCUCGUGUCGAGGGGCAACGGAGCGAUAAUAAUGUUCACUGAAUUAAUCGGCGCGGGCGUCUUCGUGACCUCGGUGAUCGCAGGUUCUGUGGCGAUAAUUAAGCCUUUUAAAGUUUCGUAUAAAUCUCUCAUGAGGGACGCUUGUUUUUAUAUUACCGCCGUGUGCUGGAUAAGCUUCGUGGUGCAAGACGAUACGGUUCACCUCUGGGAAGCCGUAAGCUUUAUUCUGGUCUACGCGCUGUUCAUCGUGGUGGUCGUGAUAAUGCAGAUGUACGACGCGAGGGAAGAGAGUCUGAAAACCAGGAUCCCAAGUGUACCCGAUCCAGACGUUCUGCAUACUUACUUGGCGAACAGGGACACAGACGCUAUACCCAAGAUUCCCACUAGAAGCCGACCUUUUGGCUUACAUGCCAAGCUAGAUGUUGCCAUCGCGGCGGAAAGAAAAAGAGCAAUAAUACGGGGCGAAUCUGUUCAGUUGAGCCCCGAAAUUAACGAUUAUGUUCCCGAUAGGCCACGGGGUCUCUACAGGGAAUUUUUGUACGAUGUCAAUCCGAUUAGCAGGGAAGAUUGGGAGAAGUCGAGUGGAUUGGUUAAGACUGUCUUAAUUAUACGUUCGCCCGCCAUGUUUCUACUUCAGCUGUUUAUACCGGUGGUGAACCCUACCGCCGUAAAGAAGGGUUGGUCAAAGCUACUGAACUGCUUUCAGUUGUGCGUGACGCCUACGAUAGCGUUGUUUCUACUAAAUGUUUGGCAUACGACUUUUGGCAGCGUAUCAAUAGUGCCGAUAUUCCUCGGUGUCGGCACAGUGAUUGCUAUAAUUGUAUUUACAACAACCCACGUUGAUCGCGUGCCGAAGUUUCAUAAUGUAUUCGCAUUCUUGGGAUUUUUAGCUGCCAUGCUGACGGUUUAUUUGGUGGCUGGAGAGGUCAUGGCGGUACUCCAAUGCAUAGGAUACGCAUGCAGUAUAUCCGACGCAAUGCUGGGCAUCACUUUUCUUGCGUUGGGAAACAGUAUAGGGGAUCUCAUAUCGAAUAUCACCAUCGCCAGACAGGGAUUUCCGCGCAUGGGAUAUGCAGCUUGCUUUGGCGGACCGAUGUUUAAUACUCUACUGGGACUAGGGCUGACUUAUGGUAUCGCCGCCGCUACCGAUCCUGAACAACAAACGAAGAUCAGGAUCAGCGAUAUGGCACCCGGCUGCAUAGCUUUUCUCCUUUGCUCCUUGAUAGCUACCGUAAUUUACUUCAACAUUACAGGAGCUGUGGCGCGUCGCAGCUACGGUUAUCUUUUAUAUUCAUUCUAUUUGGCCUUUCUCCUCGUACAAUUCCUAAGCGAAUUUCACGUCAUACAUCCUCUCGGUACUGAUCACCGACCCGACAUUGACUAA